AUGCAAUCAGCAGAUGACGUCGAGAGCACGGAGAAAACGAGCAGCCACCAUCCCCGAGGCCGCGAUGUUCCCUCCCAAGCGCCAUCUUCACGGCCGGCGGGGGCGACGACAGCGGCCGCCCGGGCGCUAUCGAAUGCCGACAACCCUCUGCUCCUCGCCAAGAUGCUGGAUCUCGCAAGCAUCACACGAAUCUCAUGGCUGUGCCGAAACACGAGGGCGAGCUUUGGGCGAAAGGCGCACAAGGUCUGCCUGACGCACGGGGCGGGCGUGCCCAAAGACAGGAGGGUGGAGUUCUGGAUGUGCGUGCUCAACGUCAAGAAGGAAAUGGACGACAAGGUGGGGAGAGCAAAGCGCGAGAAUCCGGGCAACUACCGCGACGUGUACGAGGCUUGCUUGUACGGAGAUGACAACGACGCGGUGGCCACUCACGGGUGUGAGGGGUCGCCCGACGCAGCGGCAGCGGCGGCGGCUGUUUUGGAUGCGGAAGAGAGCCUGUUUGGCCCGGAUGCCGCGAGUGUCGACGGUGAUGGUGAUGGCCUGGCGCUGCCGCCGCCCUCUGGAUGGCGAGCGCUAAGCCGCAACGGCGCCGAGGGAGAAAUAUCCAGAGAUGUCGGCCGAACCUUCCCCCGCCAAGACUUGUUCAAGAGCCGGAACGGGCCUGGGCAGAACCUUCUCGCGAACGUUCUGAAGGCGUGCCUCAAGACCAACCCGGACGUGGGAUAUUGCCAGGGUAUGAACUUUGUCGCGGGCUCGCUGUUGCUGGCCUGCGCCACUCGAGACCCCGCCGUGGGGGCACCGUGCUACCCUAACUGUGACCGGCGCCGCAGCGUUCGUGGUGACAGCAGCAGCAGCGUCGUCGAUGAUGAUGGGGGUGGUGGUGGUGAUGGUGGUGAUGGUGAUGUGUCCCCUUUCGUUGCAACCGCCACAUCCAUGGCGUUGUCUCCCACGUCCGCCUCUGCGUGGGAAGAAUGGGACGAUUUUGAUGGGAGCGGGGAGGACGAGAGUCAGCCUGAAUGGAGGAGCGGCCCCGCGCAUCUGCGUGCCGAAAAGGACGUUUUUUGGCUCAUGCUGGCGCUAACGUCUAGGCUGAGCGGCGUUGGCUCGGGCCUUGGUAUGCGGGAGCUGUGGUUACCCGGUGUCCCGCAGCUAAAGGUGCGCGUGUUUCAGUUCGACAAGCUGAUGCUGCGAGAGCUGCCUCGUCUGUACAACCACUUCAAGGCCAAGCAGCUGCAGCUAGAGGGGUGGGGGGGCUUGGGGGGGGCUCCGCGUAGUGCGGGGGGGGGGGAGGGGGGGGAGAAAGCGCUGCCCCGGCAAUGCUCAUCCGUCCGGCUGCUGAGGGAGACGGCGGACGUGAAGCUGACGAGGAGCACGCUGAACAGUCUCCAGCAGGACUUCGCCGUGCAGCUUCUCAAGGAGCAUCUUCAGGGCGAAGGGCAAUGGCUUACCCGUUACGGGGACGCUCCAGAUCCCACCCCGGGUGCCGGGGCUGGGGUAGUCGGGGGGGAUCGGGACGGAGAUGUUGGUUUCAUGGGGGUGGAGGCGAUGACAAGGAUGAUGCUGUCGGACACCAAGCUGCUCAAGAAGCUAAAGGAGAGCCUGGCGAAGAUGGCAGGCCCGCUGCAGGAAGACGCGAGAAUAUUCCAGAACAAGAUCACGGAGGCUAGCGAGAGGUUGGAGGCACGUUUUCAGAAUGUCAACAAAUGCUCGGCGGGGUGA